CACGUAGAAGCCGGUAACUACUUCCGGUUUAGUAGAUGUAAACAGAAGGACGUCCGCGUCUGGCGACAGCUGCAGACAACAUGACCAAACUGGAGCUGCUUAACGUGUUUCUGAACGACAGGCUGACUGCGGCCGCCGAAGAGAUUUUCCGCGCCGUUAAAGACACGGUGGUGGAGUAUCAGAGUGAAAUCCUGCGAGCCAAAGAGGAGAACGAGCGGCUCAAACGGCUCCUCAAUGUAGCCGUUCAGCGGCUCCUGCUGCAGCCAGAGCCUCACUCUGUCCAGCCCCAAGAUGAUGGUCAGCCCUGUGAGUCUGAGUGGAGAGGCAACGUGGAGCUCUUACCACAGAUUAAAGAAGAACCAAAACCUAGAAACAUUCACACAGAACAAGAAGCAAGAGACUCAGUGGAAGGAACCUGCAGCCAUGUUGAGCCACUACUACGUCCUCCCCCUGCCCAGACAGCUUGCAGCAGACAGAGUGCCUCCCCGCUGCUGCUAACAUCCAGGGAGAUUAAAGCAGAGAGUGACCGAGAGGAGAGCGGGAAGCAGCAGCCAGCUGACAGCUUCCCGUCCUCCAUGACUGUUUAUUCAAACUGCAGAGCAGCUCAGAGCAAUUUUUGUGCCGGCACUGAAAAAAUGCGCAGGCCUCAGAAAACAGACCAACAGGUAAAAGGGUUACUCCGCUCAAACGGCAAACAGAACGCACACAUACUGCAGGUGAAGAAUGUGCGAUCCCUGAAGCCCCCUCCACCUCGCUCCUCUCACCCAAGCCAGAGCAUCCAGAGGUGGCACAGCUGUAAAGAGUGCGGGAAAGGCUUCAGCUUUGCCUGCCAGCUGGAGGUCCACAUGCGCUGGCACACCAAGGAGAAGCCGUACAGCUGUACCGUGUGCCGAAAGAGCUUCACCACGGUCAGCAUGCUGAAGAGGCACCACCGCAUCCACACGGGGGAAAAGCCGUUCCGCUGCCACGUCUGCGGGAAAUGCUUCAACCAGUCGGCGCACCUCAACACCCACUUCAGGCUCCACACCAGAGAGAGGGCCAGCUGGAGUCGAGUGCCGCACUCCAAGUGAACAGAGACUCGCGACAGGAAACAAACCCUGGAAACUUUGAAUUGCUUCAAGUUGCUAAAUCCCAGGUUCAAACAGUGUACAAUAACGGUGUUUUGAUUGUGUCUUGCUCGUUGUGCAAUAAAGUGUGGUACAUAAAG